GUCGCAUUAUACCUUACUUUAGUAGAUUGCACUUAUCGAGCUUGUCCAUGUGUCUAAGCAUUUUCUGCUCCGCCUGUGUUGCUGCUGCUUCCGGCACGAAAAAAAAAAUAAUUUUGGCGCUUUUAUACGACACGCAUUUUUCUUUUAUUUUCACGAUCUUUUUCGUUCCCAACGACAUAUACAUUUUUUAAAAAUGACAUCAACAAACAACAGCAUGCGAAUUGAACAAGUCAAAAGCGCACCACGCGAACAACGUGUUGCUGCUCAUUCACACAUUAAAGGAUUGGGUCUAAAUGAAGACGGAUCUGCUGUACACACACUUGGCGGCUUUGUUGGUCAAGAGCAAGCACGCGAGGCCAGCGGCAUCAUUGUAGAAUUAAUCAAGUCCAAAAAAAUGGCAGGUCGAGCACUAUUGUUCGCUGGCGCGCCUGGCACGGGUAAGACCGCCAUUGCGUUAGCCAUUUCACAAGAACUCGGACCCAAGGUGCCAUUCCGACCCAUUGUUGGAUCCGAAGUCUACUCUUCCGAAAUCAAAAAGACCGAGGUGUUGAUGGAGAAUUUCCGACGCGCGAUUGGGUUGCGUAUCAAGGAAACCAAAGAAGUGUAUGAGGGUGAGGUGACGGAAUUGACGCCCGAAGAGACCGAAAAUCCAUUGGGUGGUUAUGGCAAGACGAUUUCGCAUGUCAUUAUUGGAUUAAAGACCGUCAAGGGCACAAAACAGCUCAAACUGGACCCGAGUAUCUUUGAGUCGAUUCAGAAAGAACGCGUUAUGGUCGGUGAUGUCAUUUAUAUUGAAGCCAAUACUGGUGCAGUCAAACGUGUUGGUCGGUCGGAUGCGUUUGCGACAGAAUUCGAUCUGGAGGCAGAAGAGUAUGUUCCCUUGCCAAAGGGCGAUGUGCAUAAAAAGAAGGAAGUCAUUCAAGACGUGACGUUGCAUGAUUUGGAUGUUGCAAAUGCUAAACCUCAGGGUGGCCAAGAUAUCAUGUCGAUGAUGGGACAGCUGUUGAAGCCAAAAAAGACGGAAAUCACGGAUAAGUUACGACGAGAAAUCAACAAGGUGGUCAACAAGUACAUCGAUCAAGGCAUCGCUGAGCUGGUUCCGGGUGUGCUGUUCAUUGAUGAGGUUCACAUGCUGGAUAUUGAAUGCUUUACCUAUCUCAACCGAGCCCUUGAAUCGCCUUUAUCACCUAUUGUCAUUUUUGCCACCAACAGAGGCAUGUGCACGAUCCGUGGCACCGAGGAUAUCAUAGCUCCUCAUGGUAUUCCUAUCGACUUACUCGACCGCCUCCUGAUCGUCCGCACACUUCCAUACACCAUUGACGAAAUCAAGACGAUUGUUGAGAUUCGAGCACGAACGGAAGGUUUGACAGUAGAGGAAUCUGCUGUAGAUCACAUUGCUGAAACUGGCGUCAACACGUCAUUGAGAUAUGCGGUACAACUCUUGACACCUGCUAGCGUACUGUCACAAAUCAAUGGUCAUGAAAGCAUAGCGUUGGAUGAUGUCCGGGAAGUGGAUGAUUUGUUCUUUGACGCGAAAAAGUCUGCAAAGCAUUUGGUAGAACAGGAUUCACAAUUUAUCGUAUAAAAAUACACAUACGCUUCUUCUUCUUCUACCUUAUUUGAUUGUCAUACAUAAAAGAAAAAAAAUUACAUAUAAACAAACAAUCAAAAUCAAUCAACCUUUCCCCCCCUCUUUCUCUUUCGCUUUCUUUUCUCUCUCUCUCUCUCUCUCUCUUUCUAAC